AUGGUCUCACAUGCGCCCGGCAGUGCGUGCUGCCUCGCCCCCUAUCUGCACAAGGGAUCUCCACGAGGUGAGAUGAUCACGCUCAAGGAUGGCAAGACUACGGCAUACUUUGCCACCCCUCCUGUAGACGCUGCCAACAACGAAAAGUCCAGGUGUGGCAUAGUCUAUCUCAGCAAUGUCUUUGGCAUCUUUCAAAACAGCAAGCUGAUGGCCGACUGCUUUGCCGAUGCGGGCUACACUACAAUCAUUCCAGACAUGUUCAACGGCGACCAAAUCCCCGAUAAACCCAUCGACUUUGACAUUAUAGAAUGGCUUCGUCACGGUAGCGACGGAAGGAACCCCCACACAGAGGAGUAUGUAGACCCUGUGGUGGUCUCGGCUAUCAGAACUCUCAGAGAUCAAGGCAUUGAGAGAGUUGGCAGCGCUGGAUACUGUUUUGGUGCCAAGUACACGAUCCGAUACCUCCGCUCCGGUAUCGAUGCUGGGUAUGUGGCGCAUCCUUCCUGGGUCACUGAAGCUGAGCUUGCCGCCAUCGCUGGCCCUUUGGCCAUCUCGGCAGCCGAGGACGACGAAUACUUCCCGUGUGAUAUGCGUCACAAAUCUGAGGCAAUUUUGGCGCAUACAGGGUUACCCUACCAAAUUACUCUUUUCCAGGGGGUAGAGCACGGUUUUGCGGUUCGCGGUGAUAUGACCAACAAGACGAUCAAAUUCGCAAGGGAACAAGCCUUUCUUCAAGCUGUUACUUGGUUCAACGAGCAUCUCUAUGUAAGGGCCCUUUGA